UGGCACGCCUCUUUUUUCUCCUACAAUUCAGCUUCUAUAUAUACUUCCCCUAAAACUUCACUACUCUGCCCAUACACACAAAUAAGCAUCUCUCUUUUCUCUCAUUUUUUCUUCAAUCUUUCCGCAGAUCUAUAGUUUUUUUCAUUUUAAGCUAGACAUGGAGACUUUCUUGUUCACCUCAGAAUCAGUUAACGAAGGGCAUCCCGACAAGCUUUGCGACCAGGUCUCAGAUGCCAUUCUUGACGCUUGCCUAGAACAAGAUCCUGAGAGCAAGGUUGCAUGUGAAACCUGCACAAAGACAAACAUGGUCAUGGUCUUUGGAGAGAUUACAACCAAAGCCAAGGUGGACUAUGAAAAGAUAGUACGCGACACUUGCAGAGGCAUCGGGUUCACCUCAGCUGAUGUUGGCCUUGAUGCUGACCACUGCAAAGUCCUUGUCAACAUUGAGCAGCAGAGCCCUGACAUUGCCCAAGGAGUCCAUGGUCAUCUUACCAAGAAACCAGAAGAAAUCGGAGCUGGUGACCAAGGUCACAUGUUUGGCUAUGCCACAGAUGAAACUCCUGAACUAAUGCCCCUUACUCAUGUUUUGGCUACUCAGCUUGGUGCCAAGCUUACUGAAGUGAGGAAGAACAAGACUUGCCCAUGGCUCAGACCGGAUGGCAAGACACAAGUUACAGUUGAGUACAAGAAUGACAAUGGUGCCAUGGUUCCUAUUAGAGUUCACACCGUUCUCAUCUCAACUCAACAUGAUGAAGGUGUCACAAAUGAGCAGAUUGCCCAGGACUUGAAAGAGCAUGUGAUCAAGCCCGUGAUCCCAGCGAAGUACCUUGAUGAGAACACCAUCUUCCACCUCAACCCAUCAGGUCGCUUUGUGAUUGGUGGUCCACAUGGAGAUGCUGGACUCACUGGAAGGAAAAUUAUCAUUGACACCUAUGGAGGUUGGGGUGCUCAUGGUGGAGGUGCCUUCUCAGGGAAAGAUCCUACCAAGGUGGACAGAAGUGGUGCUUAUAUUGUGAGACAAGCAGCAAAGAGUGUGGUUGCAGCAGGACUUGCUCGCCGCUGCAUUGUCCAGGUUUCUUAUGCAAUUGGUGUUGCAGAACCACUCUCCGUGUUUGUUGACACUUACAAAACCGGAACCAUUCCAGACAAGGAUAUUUUGGCUCUGAUCAAGGAGAACUUUGACUUCAGGCCUGGAAUGAUGGCAAUUAACCUUGACUUACUCAGAGGAGGUAACUUCAGGUACCAGAAGACUGCUGCUUAUGGUCACUUUGGCCGUGAUGACCCUGAUUUCACCUGGGAGACUGUCAAGGCCCUCAAGCCUAAAGCUUGAGAGAGUUCCUCACUCACAACAUAAACUACCAACUUUCUUGUGCCUAUUAUUCUUGUUGCGGACCAAUAAACAAGCUACAUUGAGUAUAUUGAUACCCUAUUCUUACGGUUAAGGCCCUAUUGAGUGGAGGGAGACCGAGGAAGUGUCUUCAUAAUUUCGAGGAUUCUAAGAGCUCCGAUAGUUGAUCCUGUUGAUUUAUUUUCUUGUUUUUGCAGUACUUAAUUUCAAAGUGACCUCCGAAAUUUAUUUCUGAUGUACCCGGAUACAAACGAGUUCUUUUGUCAUUGUGUUCAUUUAUCUAAUGAGAAAUGCCGUAUGUUGAACUAU